AUGGGUGAUUAUUUAGUUGUCGGUGUUCACUCUGACGCCGAGAUUGAAAAACACAAAGGACCAACUGUCAUGAAGGAGGAUGAGAGAUAUACAGCUGUUGCAGCUUGCAAAUGGGUUGAUCAUGUUGUUCCCAACGCUCCGUACUUUACAAGCCUCGAAGUAAUGGACAGUUAUGCUUGCGAUUUUUGUGUACAUGGUGAUGAUAUCACCACGCUUUGUGAUGGGACAGAUUGUUACCAAGCGGUCAAAGAUGCUGGUCGUUACCGAGAAUGUAAACGUACGCAAGGCAUUUCUACUACUGAACUUGUAGGGCGUAUGUUACUCAUGACGCGUGAUCAUCACAAACGUAAAUCAUCUAUUGCAUCUGUCAAUAAUGAAGAUUUGAGCACCUUCAGCAGUAGUCCAUCUAAGCAAAGUCCUGAGACAAAAAUUUCCCAUUUCCUGCCGACAUCAAGAAAGAUAGUACAAUUUUCUGAAGGCAAGGAACCAAAUCCCGGAGAUAAAGUUAUUUAUGUCGACGGUACUUUUGAUCUGUUCCAUGUAGGACAUAUCGAAUUUUUGAAAAGAGCAAAAGCCCUAGGUGAUUACCUCCUAGUUGGGGUUCAUGAUGAUCAGACCGUUAAUGCUAUUAAGGGAUCAAACUAUCCACUAAUGAACCUUCAUGAACGCGUAUUAAGCGUUCUGGCAUGUCGUUAUGUUGAUGAAGUCAUUAUAGGGGCUCCAUACAGCGUCGAUAAUAAUGUAUUAUCCAAGGUUUACAAAGUUGACGUUGUCGCUCACGGAAAUACGCCUUCAUUGCCUGAUAUUACCAAUAAAGACCCUUAUGAGAUUCCUAAAGAAAAAGGCAUUUAUGUUGAAAUAGAAAACCCCUCCGCGGAGCUAACUACUGCUGGCAUAAUUAAUAGGAUAAUCAAACAUCGUAUCAGAUACGAAGAACGCCAAGCUAGGAAAAAUGAAAAGUCCAAGUUGGAAGAGGAGAAAUUGAAACAAAAUUAA